AUGGAGAAGAUGGAGCAACUCCGCGAAGCCUUGCCACCCAUCCCGGCGACAGAGCCAAUCUACACCAGAGGCAACCAUUUCUACCAAGGCAACCAGAGAUUCAUGAUCCGAGGAAUCUGCUACUACUCGCCCGAAGACCAUCCAGAGCACCUAACAGGCGACAUGCUCGACGACGAGCACCUCGACGACCUGCGUCGCGAUAUUGCAAACUUCCGCGAGCUCGGCCUGAACACCAUCCAAGUCUCCCACCUGCGCCCAGCCCAAGACCACAGCAAAGCAAUGCACCUGCUCCGUGACGCAGGCAUCUACGUCCUCGUCAAACUCGCCGACGACGGCAUCGUCGCGCCCACUCCCCGCCAAGCCCACGGCCUCCCGCCCUUCAAUCCCAACUUCAACACCGCCCGGCACUACCCCACGCACACCCUCGAGUGCGCACUCCGACUCGCCAGCCAAUUCGCCCACCACCCCAACACCCUCGCUUUCACCAUCUCCGGCAGCGCUCUGCGUGUGCCCGCCACCACCAAAAUCGCCGAAGUCAUCCGCGCCUUACUCGCCGACACAAAACACUACCUCCGCCUGCAGCCCAGCCCGCGCCGCAUCCCCGUAGGCGUCAGCCUCUCCGACAACCUAUCCCUCGCCCUCUUAUCGCAGACCUAUUUUCUCGCGGGGCCGGCAGAGACGCGCGCCGACUUCCUCGCCCUCGACAGCUGGGGUUGGAUGGGAGCGCGCUCGAGCUUCUCCGUCAGCGGGUGGAAGAAUAUGAUUGACCGGCUCGCUGGGCUGCCUGCUCCGAUGCUGCUCGGCGCUUUUGGCACGCCGACGCCGGAGAAGCCGCGCGCGUGGACGGAGAUUUUGUCGCUGUAUUCCCCCGACAUGACAGGCGUGUUUAGCGGCGGGUGCGUUCAUCGGUAUGCGCAGCGCCGGGGGAGCGACUGGUAUGACACCAUGUAUGCCGUUGUGGAAGUGGUGGAGGGCAGCGAGGGGAGAGAGGUGGUGAAGAAGAAGGAGUUUGGCACUCUGAAGGAGAGAUUUCGUACUGUUGAUGCUCGGCGGGCGGAGGAGACUUGGGGUGCUGGAGUGGCGAGGAAGGACUUCGAGGCCUGGAGGGGUGAGUUCCCUGCUAAAUCGAUAAACCAAUGGUAUGCCACCGAGCAUAUCCCGCGCUUUGCUGGGGAUUGGAGCGCUCUGGUCAAGGAAAUAGAAGAAGCGAGAGAGUGGGUGUUUGUAGAGAAGUCGGCGGCGGCUUGA